GGCGCCGGCGUGGGUGUGGCCAUGGUGCUGGUGCUGCUGGUCGCCAUCCCGCUAUUGGUCCACAGCACCAAGGCGGGCGGGGCCGGGGGCCGCGGUGGCAGCGGCCACUACGAGAUGCUGGGCAGCUGCAGGACCGUCUGCGACCCCUACACGACCUCCCAGGGUGAGCUCGCUGCCGUCUCCCCCCCGCCCGGAGACUUCAUGGGUGGCGGCGGGGGCAGAGGCCGGGGGAAGACGGGGCUCCGGGGCCCGCCGGGCAUCCCUGGUCCCCAAGGCCCGCCGGGUCCCCCGGGUGAACCGGGCAAACCAGGCCCCAUGGGUCCCCAGGGUCCCGGCCCCGGCGGGUACACGCCCUCGCUCUACAGCCCCAAGAUCGCCUUCUACGCCGGCCUGCGGAAGCAGCACGAGAACAUGGACGUGCUGAAGUUCGACGACGUGGUGACCAACGUGGGGAACUACUACGAGCCGAGCACGGGCAAGUUCACCUGCCCGCUGCCCGGAAUAUACUACUUCACAUACCACGUCCUCAUGCGCGGCGGAGACGGGACCAGCAUGUGGGCCGACCUCAAGAAGAACGACAAGGUGCGGGCCAGUGCCAUCGCCCAGGAUGCCGACCAGAACUACGACUAUGCGUCCAACAGCGUGAUCCUGCACCUGGACGUGGGAGACGAAGUCUACGUGCAGCUGGACGGCGGGAAAGUGCACGGCGGCAACACUAACAAAUACAGCACCUUCUCCGGAUUCCUCAUCUACCCCGACUAG